AUGCUUUCAAGUGUCUCAUUGAGCCGCAAGAGAAAGCUUUCGGACCCUCCGCACUCUUCUUCCGAGCCUAAGAAACUGCCCCUCCCAGCUGUUGCCUCGCUAUACAACCUGGAUCCCGCUGCUACUGGCCCCCAGCAAAUCGAGCUUCGGAGAAAAGUCUGCCUUCGAGUGGGUCGUUCCAAGAAAAAUGAUAUCAUUCUCACUCCCGCGGACUGUUCAACGUAUCAUUGUGAGAUCGGUGUGAGCUAUCUUAAUGGUAAAGAUAUAAUUUAUCUUAAGGACCUUAGCUCAAACGGUACCUUUGUGAACGGACUUCUCGUUGGUAAGGACAAUACCUGUCUGAUUCGAUCUGGAGACAAGAUUUCUUUUGCUGCUGAAUGCCACUAUAUCUUGAAAUAUCAGGCAAGUUUCACUCUCAAGAGCGCUCGUAGACCUGGAACUGGGUCUUUCUACGACAGCUAUGUGAUUGGUGAGCUGCUAGGGUGCGGGCAUUAUGCGCAGGUCAAAGAGUGUGUUCGAAGAAGUACAGGAGAGUCUUGUGCGGUCAAGAUCUUCAAUCCAACUCGCAAAGAUGCCAAUUGGGCAACGUCUCUUAAUAGGGAGCUGGACAUUCUCAUGAAGAUCGACCAUCCGAACAUUGUCCGAUCCUACGAAACGUUUGUGGAACCGUAUGACGCCAACACUAUGACCACAUAUUUGGUGUUGGAGAAAGUGAAUGGUGGUGAGCUUUUUAACAGAAUCGUGUCCAAGGGCAAGCUUCGGCAGAAUGAGACAAAAGCACUAAUGAGCCAACUGAUGAGCGGCCUCAAGUACCUCCACUCUCUGGACAUUGCACACAGAGACCUGAAGCCGGAGAACAUUCUCUUGGACAUAACACUCAGAAGUUCUGACUCCGACAAGCAGACGGGGCCCUGGGAUGCUCACGAGCUGGAUGUCAAGGUGAAAAUAGCAGAUUUUGGUCUUGCCAAGUUCAUUGGAGCUACAAAAUUCACCGACACGCUCUGCGGAACGCCAGCAUACGUUGCGCCUGAAGUGCUGGUGAACUCUACGGAACGCAAAUAUACCAAGACCGUUGAUAUGUGGUCCGUCGGGGUACUGAUAUACGUGUGUCUGUGCGGUUUUCCUCCCUUCAGCGAGGAGUUAGGGCCGCCAUCGAUGCGCCAACAGAUCAUCGAGGGUAAGUACGCUUUUUACUCGCCAUACUGGGAUGAGAUAGAGGACUCGGCCCUUGACUUGAUCUCACGACUUUUGGUAGUGGACGCUACCAAGAGGCUCGAAGUCUCCAAAGCGUCCAAACAUGUUUGGUUUGAUGAGGUACGGCCGAAAAAGGAGUUGAGAGAGACAGCGUUCAAAGGCACCAGGGCAGUGGUCACCCGAGGCUACUCCAACCCGAUCAUGCUGGCAGAACGCGUCAAAAGCUCGCUCGGCGAUGACACCCUUGCACGCGCCUACAGUGCAGAUGUCGAUAUGGCCUAA